AUGAAGAUUUUACUUGAAUUUAAAGUGUUGCGGUCCCCGUGGAGCAUCCAGACACUCUGCAGAUUGUUCCACCAGUAUCACAAGACUUUUGCACCUUUGAAUUUCUCAGAUUACGAAGCUAUCAGUCGGUGUGAACAGGAAGUACCUGAGUACUUUAAUUUUGCAAGUGAUGUGCUGGACAAGUGGUCUCAAAUAGAAAAGGAACGAAAGGAACCAUCAAAUCCAGCUCUGUGGUGGAUAAAUGGAAAAGGAGAUGAAAUUAAAUGGAGCUUUGAAGAGCUGGGUUUCCUGUCCCAAAAAGUGGCCAAUGUGCUCUCUGGGCCAUGCAGUCUGCAAAGAGGAGACGGAGUUUUAGUGAUUCUACCCCGACUCCCAGAGUGGUGGCUGCUGUAUGUGGCUUGUAUGCGAACAGGUGUUAUCAUCAUCCCAGGGACAACACAACUGACAGCACAAGACAUUUGCUAUAGAUUGCUGGCUUCCAAGGCUAAGGGCAUUAUUACAACUGAUGUGCUUGCUCCUGAAGUGGACUCGGUUGCAUCCAAGUGCCAGUUUCUGAAAACAAAGCUAAUUGUAUCUGAAAGCAGCAGGGCCGAGUGGCUGAACUUCAGUGAUUUGCUCAAGGAUGCCCCUGCUGUUCAUAACUGCGUAAAGACAAAAAGCCAAGAUCCAAUGGCAAUCUACUUUACCAGUGGCACCACAGGAUAUCCCAAAAUGGUUGAACAUUCCUAUGGAAGCUUUGGUCUGGGUGUUUUUCUCUGUGGAAGAUACUGGAUGAAUUUGACUCCCUCAGACAUCAUGUGGAACAUGUCAGACACUGCUUGGGUAAAGGCAGCUAUUGGGAGUGUUUUUGGCCCGUGGUUCCAGGGCACGUGUGUUUUUGUACAUGCCAUGCCACAGUUUGAUCCAGGAGCAAUCUUAAAUACCUUGUGCAGAUAUCCAGUGACCACUCUGUGCAGCACCCCAACUGCCUACCGCACGCUGGUACAGCAUGACCUCACCAGGUACACAUUCAAGAAACUGAGGCACUGUUUGAGCGGAGGGGAACCACUCAACCCAGAAGUGAUGGCACAAUGGAAAAGCCAAACAGGACUGACUAUCUAUGAAGGCUACGGCCAAACCGAAACUGGAAUAGUAUGUGCAAAUAUGAAAGGAAUGAAAGUUAAACCAGGUUCCUUGGGAAUGGCAUCUCCUCCCUACAAUGUUCAGGUAUGGUGGUCCCCUUUCCCGUUUGCUGUUGAUUUCACAGGAAGUAAACCACAAGAGUACAACAUACCGUACAGUUUUCGGUACCAUACAGUGGUAUUCAGGGUAGGCUUUUUUGAGCUGUUGGCUGCUGGUUACUUAUAGAACAUAGCUUUCUUAAAAUGGGAAGUUAUAAUCACCCAUUUGCCUUUUCUAUUGCAGAUUAUAGAUGAAAAUGGCCAUGUUCUGCCUCCUGGGAAAGAAGGAGACAUUGCUAUCAAAAUGGAUGCCAAGCGGCCUUUUAAUUUUUUUACUCGAUACGUGGUAAGACAAAAGUGAGUUUUCAGAGAGCCAGUUGAGGUCUGCAGCAUGGUUAGUAUGUAUUUAUAUCAACAGGAGCAGGUACAACACCAAAGAGCUGUGGCUCUUGACUUGACAGUGUUCUGACUUACAAAAUUUCCAUUAUCUCCACCAUUCUUCUGCAAACCUAUUGUGUGAUCUUCAGUUCUAUAUCUGCCCUUGUGAUAAGUUUUCCCCUCCAGAAGCAGCAAGCAUAAGCUCUUACAUUCUUGAGACAGAAAAUAAGCAGUGAAAGAUACUAUGGUAGUGUCCAAAAAAGCAAAGUUAUCUCUAAGCUUAAGGCUUCUCAAUAUAUAGAAUAUUUGUUUGUUCAACAGGAUGAUCCAGUGAGAACUGCUUCCGCAGUCCGUGGGAACUUCUAUAUCACUGGAGACAGAGGGAGCAUGGAUGCAGAUGGAUACAUAUGGUUUAUGGGGAGAUCUGAUGAUGUCAUCAUCUCUUCUGGGUUUGUAGAUUUCAUUAAAAUGCCAAGAAAUGUCUAAAAACCAACCAUAUACCUUUCACCUACUAAGCAUUUAAUUUCUUUCUCCCAGGUAUCGUAUCGGACCAUUUGAAAUAGAGAGUGCCCUGAUACAGCACCCAGCUGUCGUUGAGUCAGCUGUUGUCAGCAGCCCAGAUCCCCUCAGAGGGGAGGUAAUCAGCAGUCACUCUCCUAUUCAUACAGUGUCUCCUGUGAUGGAGUCCACCUCAACUCCCACUGAAUUUAUAUGAUUUUUAAUAUAGCUAUACAAACUUUUCCAUCACUUUACCCAAAGCAAAGGGAGCAGUAUUUUCUGUAUCCCAUAUUCUUUUUUUUUUUUUUUUAAAUGGAAGUGUAAUUCUUAAGAUUCCUAAAAAACAUGAUGCUGAAUAUAAAAAUGUAUUUGUUAAGAACUGAUGGACACUUUGACCCACUGCCUGGAAAAUAUUCAUUACUUUAACAACACAUGUUUACAGAAAAGGCCCUAGCUUCUAAGAACUUUAAAACAGUCCUUUACAGAACUCUUACAAAUUUGGAAGCAGAGUUUGAGAAUUCUAUCAUGUAUUACUUAGGACCUUUACUAGUGUCAGGUAGAAACAGUCUUUCAUCCUAAUUGUAAAUCUGCUUACACAAAAGCAAAUUUUGCUCCAGUGCGCAGGUGUGAUACAGCAAGUCUGUGUUGCAGGCAAUACUCACUUAUUCUCAAUUAAUUGCCCCAUUUGUUAGGUUGCUCUCGUUUAGUUAAUGUUACAUUUAUUUUUUAUUUUCCCUUUGUAGGUGGUAAAAGCUUUUGUAGUCUUGUCUUCUUCCUUUAAGUCACAAGAUCCAAAGAAACUGGCCUGUGAAUUGCAAGUUCAUGUCAAGAAAGUCACUGCUCCAUACAAGUACCCCAGAAAGGCAAGUAAACACGAGUGUAUUAAAAAAAAAAAUAAAUCCCAAACACCUAUUUUAACCAUGGAGGGCUAGAAACAAAGAUUAGGCUCAGUUCAAAUGCAGUAACAAACAAAAAAACCCCAAAUAUGUGCUAUGCAAGAAAAAUGACAAGUAUAAUUUUAAAGACUUGGGAAAAUAGAUACAACACAAUCUAAACCCAAAUUAGUUAUCUCCCCAAUCACAAAUUCUUAUUUAAAUUACAUAGGAUGGAGACCUAUACUGUUCUGAAAAAAAAUUAUAAAUGAAAUCUCCUCACUUUACUUUUUCUCUUUUUGAAUCAGAUUGAAUUUGUCCAGCAGCUGCCAAAGACAGUCACUGGGAAAAUCAGACGGAAUGAACUGAGGAACAAGGAGUGGGGACAGAAUUAGUUUUCAUAAGCAGUCUUAAAAAGCCUACACCUAUCAAUUUCAUUCAUCAUGGAGCUUUUCUAUUACAACUGUAAGCACCAACAUAGCACUGGAUUUCACCCAUUAGGCAGUGAUUGUGUAAUAAUCACAAGGUUUAAAAACUCCAACUGUAUGGUUUUUAAAUGCUUGUGUUCUUGCUUAACACAAAAAUCAAGCCUACUUAGCAAGGCAUAUGCAAACACAUCUUCCAACCCCCUAACACUUUGCAGAAUUACAGUACAAGUAGAAGCAAGUGAUUACCAGGUGAAGGAGCAGUUUGUUCAUUCUUUGAGACAAGAUAUUUUAACUCACAAGAAGCUUAUCAGUGAGGAAAUCACAAUAGUAUGUAAUGAAGUUUCCAGAAAUGGCCAUAGAUCUUGCAUGCAUCCAAAUUAAGCACCCUGCUUGUAUGAAUCUCGAAAGCCUCAAAGUUUAGUAAUUAAUGUAUUAACAAUGAGUAUUGUUAAUUAACAAUGAAUGAAAUUGCAAAUUAUGAAAAAUCAUAAGUAAAAGAAUGUGGACAUCUUUAAGACUGCACCAUAGGCAGCACUGAAAUGUCAGGCAUGGGCUUGACAAAUGGAUGGUGGCUAUUCGGCAGUUUCUUCUGAAGAACUGUAGUUCCUGUAGGCAUACAGAUGAGUGAGAAAUAGAAGGGAAAAGCAAAG